AUGGCUCCAUCUCCAGCUGGCCUCACAUCCGAACAACUCGAAUCUUUCAAUACCAAUGGCUACCUCCUCAUCCCCGACGCGCUGUCAGCAGACACCGUGUCGACCCUCCUCGCCGAUACGAACAAGAUGCUGAACGAAUUCUCGCUGGACGACCAUCCCAUGACCAAGUUCUCGACUGGUGAAGGGGACAAUGCGCACGUAGGCGACGACUACUUCCUGACAUCGGGCGAUAAAGUGCGGUUUUUUUUCGAGGAAGACGCUUUCGCUCCAGAUGGUACCUUACUAAAACCAAAAUCACGCGCCAUCAACAAAAUUGGCCAUUAUCUACACGCCCUAUCCCCCUCCUUCCGCUCUAUCUCCCUCUCCCCCGUCAACGCCGCCAUCGCCCGCUCCCUCGGCUUCGCAGACCCCCGCGUCCUACAAUCUAUGGUCAUCUGCAAACAACCCGAGAUAGGUGGCGCGGUCCCGCCGCACCAGGAUAGCACGUUCUUGUAUACCGACCCGCCGAGCGCUGUAGGGUGGUGGUAUGCGCUCGAGGACGCGACGAUACAGAAUGGGUGUUUGAGCUUUGCGGGGGGCAGUCAUAAGAGAGAAGAGGUGGGGAGGAGGUUUAUCAGGAAGGAAGGGGGAACGACGUUUAUUGAGAAUGAUGGGGAAAGAUUCCCUAGAGGAUUAGAGAGGGAAGUUGUGAAUGGGGAGAAGAAAGACGAGGAGUAUACGAUUGGAGAAGUCAAGGCAGGAACGCUAGUGCUGAUCCACGGGAAUCUGUUGCAUAAAAGCGAGAAAAAUACGAGUGGGAAGAGUCGGUUUAUUUAUACGUUUCAUGUCAUCGAGGGCGAGAAUAGGUACGAUGAGAGGAAUUGGUUGCAGCCGCCUGGUAAGGGGUUUUCGAGGCUGUACACAUAG